CGCGCCACCUACCUGAAAUAGGCGUUUAACUGUUUCUACGCGCAAUAUUACAGAACGUGGCACACCCAACGAACAGGUUGGCUCUCCACACCUUGGCUGCAAUAACAGGCAGCUCGACCUCGGGACGAUAGAUAUAUGUGGUUGCUUAGAUACAGCAUUUAUUCACGUCGAGAGCUGUGAGAGUGGAACCGAGGGCACCAGCGGUCAUUCGCGUCCUACAAGCAAAUCAGAUAUCCAAAUCAUUCCCAUUGCACACCCCACCUCUCGACUCCAGCACACCAGAGAAUGCAGCCAUGGCAAUCGAAGAAAUAGAAAAAUAUUCACUUCCCGACAGUGUAUGGGACAUCGGGAUCUACGACGCGCACUGCCAUCCGACCGAUAAUUACAAGCGUCUGCCGCGGGGUUUGCAGCAGAUGCGCGCGUCGAAACUGACAAUCAUGGCCACCAGACUUGACGAUCAGGAGAAAGUCCACGAGGCUGCUUCUCAGUUUCCGGACCGGAUCGUGCCGAGUUUUGGAUAUCAUCCGUGGUUCACACAUCUUCUGUACACGUCCCAACAGGCGCCGACAUCAAAAUACGACCACUACCGAGCGAUCCUAUUCCCAGAGCCGCCGGAGGAAUUUCUAGACCUAUUACCAGACCCAGUGAGUCUAGAAAGCUUCAUAACCCAACUCACCACAAACGUCAAACGACACCCGCACGCGCUCAUCGGCGAAGUCGGCAUCGACCGCUCCUUCCGGCUGCCCAAAUCCGGCAAGCAAAUAUCCUUCGUCGAGUCAGAUUCCUCAUCCUCCUCCUCCGACGACGACGCAAAGAGCGAGGCUAGUAGCUGCUGCGGGGAGGCGGAUCAGCGCAUACUAAGUCCGUUCCGCGUCACGCUCGAGCAUCAGAAGGAAGUCUUGCUCGCGCAGCUCGGCGUGGCAGCAAAAUUUGAGCGGCCGGUGUCUGUGCAUGGCGUGCAGGCGCAUGGUGUGCUUUUUCAGAUUUUUAGCGAGUUAUGGGCUGGAGUGCAUAUACCGAGUAAGAAGGAGAAGAACCGCGAAAAGAAGCUUUUGAAUGAAGAAAGAACCGAAUCCUCUGAUAAUUCACCACGCCCGCCCCCGUUCCCUACCCGGAUCUGCUUACAUUCAUACUCCGGUCCUCCAGAUCAAAUAUCGCUUUGGACAAAUAAACGAAAAAUCCCCGCGCAGGUAUACUUCUCCUUCUCGAUCGUGAUCAACAAGCGGUACGGCGACAAGUUCAACAAAGUCGUCCAGACGGUGCCGGACGAUCGGCUGCUGGUCGAAAGCGACUUCCCCGUGGCGGGUGAGCGGAUGGAGUGGCUGCAUGCGGAGAUUGUGUUGCGGGUUUGCGAGAUAAAGGGGUGGGGGGUAGAGGAGGGAGCUAAGAUUCUGAAGAACAAUUGGCAUGAGUUUGUCUACGGGCACAACGAUUGGAAUUAGCAAGGAACAGCAAUCAAUCUCCAAAGCGGAGUAUAAUACAAGCUAGUCACUAUGCGAAUCUCGGGCUACUCUAUCCAUCCCCGAAAGUCCUCUAAAGAUCCUAACAAGCCAGAAGGGUGCAGCGCGAAGCACAGGCAUAAAGUUGACGUACAGCGGACUCGCAAUCCUUCCGCUCUUUCCCAUCUCGAUCGCGCGGACCACUUUGCGCGCCAAUGCAGCGGGAUCAACUACUGGCGCAAAAAACUGCAGCGGCGGAUCUAUGUCGCUAAACAUCCCGGUGCGCAUCUGACCGGGGACUAUGAGGAGUGUUUUGAGGC